GAACUACGAGAAUCUGCUCAGACGAAAAACUAUUAUUAGUUCAGUUAGUUGAUGCAAAAAAAACUGUCGUUGAGUGUAAGACAACUGAUAAAGUUUCAUCAAAAACAAAACUUGAGGCCUGGAAUCAAAUAAGUACCGAAUUUAAAAAAUCAUUUCCUUUUCGAUCGGCUGAAAGCCUGCAAUUAGCUUGGAAAAAUAUGAAAACUGCAGCUAAGAAAUAUUCUAAAAAGUUGAAAGAACAAAGCAUGGGAACAGGUGGAGGAGGGAAAAUUAUCUCAAGUGAUCCAGUUUUUGAUGCUGCUUUAAAUUUUAUGCAUCAUCUUACUGUGGAAGGAUUACACAAUGAAUUCGAUAAUGAUGCUGAGUCUACAAUUAAUGAUAUUAUUUAUGACAAUGACACAGAAAACGAUUGUCGAUCCGAAAGUGAUGUAUUUGAGUAUUUGGUGAGGAAUAAUCAAAUCAAUGAUUGGAAAAAAGGAGGCCCGUCUAAUUUAAAGUCAGCUAUAAGUGCUCCGUUGAAAGUUAAAAAUGGAACUCAAAAUAAGCCAAACAGUAAAUUUUCUGAUGAAGAAAUUUGUUUAAAACCUAAGGAUGAACUUGCUUUACUAUUAUUACAAAACGCGCAUGAAAAACACAAAUAUGAGAUUGAGUUAUUAAAGUUGCAAAUUAAAAAAGAAUUUUUAUUAAUUCAAAAAAUUAAAGGAAAUAAUAUUGAUUAUCAGAGUGACGAAGAUGAUGAAGAUCAAGUUUAAAUAAUAUUUCCAAAAUUAUUUUGCCUCACAGUAUUUUCUUCAUUAAUUGUAAUAACUGGA